AUGGCGCGGGCGGGGCGCGCGGGCCCGGGGGUCGCGGGGCGGCCGGGCGCGGCCCCGGGGCGCGCGCCCUGGCGCUGGGCCUUGGUGGUGCUCUGGCUGGCGGCGGCGGAGGGCGGCCCCUCCCGGCGCCAGUGGCCGGUGCCCUACAAGCGCUUUACCUUCCGUCCAGACACAGAUCCUUAUUGUCAAGCUAAAUACACUUUCUGUCCAACUGGUUCUUCUAUCCCAGUUAUGAAAGGUGAUGAUGUCAUUGAAGUUUUUCGGCUACAAGCUCCAGUAUGGGAAUUCAAAUAUGGAGGCCUCCUGGGACACUUGAAAGUUAUGCAUGAUGCCAUUGGAUUCAGGAGUACUUUAACUGGCAAAAACUACACGAUGGAAUGGUAUGAACUUUUUCAACUUGGAAACUGCACAUUUCCCCAUCUCCGACCUGAGAUGAAUGCCCCUUUCUGGUGUAAUCAAGGGGCUGCCUGCUUUUAUGAAGGAAUUGAUGAUAUUCACUGGAAGGAAAAUGGAACAUUAGUGCUCGUAGCAACCAUAUCAGGAAACAUAUUUAACAAAAUGGCUAAGUGGGUAAAAUGGGACAAUGAAACAGGGAUUUAUUAUGAAACUUGGACUGUCCAAGCCAGCACAGAAACAGGGGCGGAGACAUGGUUUGAAUCCUACGACUGUUCCCGAUUUGUGCUAAGGACGUAUAAGAAGUUGGCUGAUCUUGGAGCAGAGUUCAAGAAGAUAGAAACCAAUUACACAAGAAUAUUUCUUUACAGUGGAGAACCUGCUUAUUUGGGAAAUGAAACAUCUAUCUUUGGACCAAUAGGAAAUAAGACUCUUGCUUUAGCCAUAAAAAAAUUUUAUUACCCCUUCAAGCCUCAUUUGUCAACUAAAGAAUUUCUGCUUAGUCUCUUACAAAUUUUUGAUGCAGUGAUUAUUCAUAGACAGUUCUAUUUGUUUUAUAAUUUUGAGUAUUGGCUUUUGCCUAUGAAAUUCCCUUUUAUUAGAAUAACAUAUGAAGAAAUCCCCUUACCUGCCAGAAACAAAACACGUUCUGGUUUAUAAAAUCUUAAUUAUACUGCUUUUUUGUCUCCAUGCACCAGCAUAUUGGUUUUUCAGGGAGUAUUUUCACAUUUGUGAACUUCUUAGGCCUUUCUUCCUUGGGGAAGAGACCUAGAAUGCACAUGGGCAGACAGGACUUUCUGCUUGGAAAGAAGCUGAAACUCAUUGUAUUGGCCAAAGUAAGUAUGUCAAGUGGUUUUGCUAUAAACCUCCAAGCUUUUUGUUAAAAUGAAUACUUAUAUCAGAUAUAUAGCCUCUUUGGACUAAGUCUUUUUAAAUUGGUAUAUCAAGAUUUUAAAAAUAACUUCACUGACAUUUUCAUGGUGACAGCUAGUUUUUCUGUUACAGUAAUUAUAGGUAUAAGGUGACUUUACAGCUUUUAUAACUUUUGUAAACAGGUGUAGGGUAAAGAAAAUAUCAGGCUUUUCUGCCCUUCCACCAUCAGGAUAGAUGAUGGAUCCUUGUCCUGAAUGCAUGCCUGAUGGCGGGCACCUGGAGUAGGGUGUGGGCAUAGGUAGAUGGGAUUCAGCUGAGCUAAGACUGUGCUUUUAAGGGCGGCGUCACGGGGGGGACGCCAGCAGCCCCAGCCAGCAGCAGCAGAACUUGAAGGAGAAGCCGACGCAGAAGCAGAGAACGCCAGAUAGCCCAGAUAGAGUAAAGACUUGCUGGGGGCUGGGAGGCCUGCCAGCCUCCCAGCCCCCCAGCCAGCACCCCUGCCUGCCAUAUGCCUGGUGAACCCCAAUAAAAGACCUGCAAAACCACUGAGGACUCUGACUCCUCCUUUACCCGGUCUGCAUGGGAUCAGAGAACCUGCACCUGUGCCAUGUCCUGCCUUUACAACAGGUCUAGUAGUUUUGAUUUUGUUCUAUUCAAUUUACCUUAAAGACAGGUGUGGUUGUGCUUCCAACUGUGCUAAAUACACUGUUAAAGAGCACAAGUUUCUGGCUAGCAUCUUGGAACUAGCUAAUAACUGACAACCUGUGAUUUAAGCAACUUGUUAUCUCUAAACCUUAGUUUCAUUAUUUUAAGAUGAUCAUCUCUCGAGAUUGUUGUAAAAAUCAAAGCUAUGUAUGUUUGGCAUAGUAAGAUCACAAUAAAUGGAAGCUACUAAUCAAAGAACAAACUGCUGUCCUUUACCUUACCUAGUGUAGUUUACAUGUCAAACUUUCCUAGGUUUCGUGAUAAUCCCCUGGACUGUGAGCUGACAGCAUAGUGCCUCUGCCAACAUGGGGCAUGGAGUUGGCUGCAGAUAUGGCUGGGUGGAUGAUGACCUCUUACUCCUUCAUGUAGUCCUCCCGUCCUCUGCCCACUAAAGCUGCCAGCUAGUGGAAGAGGGUACAGUUGCUGAGGGGACAGUUUCUUGUCAAGAAUCUCCCAGGAGCUGGGCUUUGCCUACAACCAUGAAGUAGUUUCAAGGUCCACUAAGUGGGUGAUAAUAGCUGAAAACAUUCUUUCUAUUCAGGAAAAAAACAUCAGUCAGCAAGAUGAUGAAGCAGAGUUGAGAGAAAACCACCCACGUUUAAUAAAUAAAUGUACUAAUUAUGUUGUUCAGUUUCAACUUCCAUUUCCAUGCCUCCUGAGAGCACAGAUAAUUGUUCACCUGAUCCAAAUGAGUAAAAUGGGGUUCUUAGCUGUGACCUGUCCAUGGCUACCCAGCUAGUGAUAAUGGAGUCACAUUUUGAACUAGGUUCUGCUGUCUUACUGAGAUGUACUUUCAAACAGGUUUUUAGUUUACUUUUUU